AUGCGAUUCACCACCAUCCUUUCUCUCCUGGGCAUUAGCCCCACGCUCAUUUACGCUCGCCCUCAACAGCUUGAAAUCAGCACCGUCACGACAACUGUAACAACUUGUGGUUAUGAUUGUGCCACCACUGUCACUCUUUGGAUGGGAUGUUCUGAUACCUCUACUCUACCUUGGACUUCUACCACACCAGUAGGAAGUUCCGUGACGUCACCAGUGGAAGGCUCACCUUCAACUUCACCCUCUAUCCUCACUCUCACUUAUCCAAAUGGCACUACUACUCUCACUCUUACCUCGGGUAUCACUGCUACGGUCACGGCAUCCUCUUCUGAGCCAUGGAGCAGCAGUCACUCUACUAUCUCAGAGCAGUCAACCGGGCCAUGGUUUACCAACACAAGCUCGCCAGCUACCACUACCUCUCCAAUCACGCCAAUUCCUUUGUCCACACUCAGUACGAGUUCAACUUAUAACUCAUCCGUGCCAGGCAAUGGUGAAACUUCUUGUUCAACUUCCAUCUCUGCCUCCUCCAGCUCCUCACCGGUGAACGGGACCAGUCACUCGUUUACAUACCCUGGCAGCGUAACAACAGGUCUCAGCAGCACGAUGCCUAUCUCAACCCUGACCUCAACGGUCACUCUCAACUUGACCACGACUUACUCGUCUUCCAAUUCCCCCGAAACCGGUUCCUCAAGUUCGACUCCGAUAAUCACCAGCACAGCUAGCUUGGGAACUUCUACGAUCACAUAUAUCACGUCGUCGGGUAGCGGUAUCAGCUCUGAGACAUCGUCGACGCUCGCUUCGUCGAUGGGCAACAGCACAAGUGUUUCAAGCGCCACAUAUCCACCUUCCAUCACGUGUCUCACAUACAGCGUUCCCUAUACACACACUGAAUGCUUCUCAUAUUCCAUAAUCACCCACACCCCCACCUCCAGCCAUAGCAGCAGCGACGUAGGGACGGAAACACCUAAUACCAGCACCAGCACCAUCACUUUGACCAUAUCUGAAUCAACCUCAACUUUCUCCACCGGUAGCACGGGUGCCGUGACGGGAUCGUCGUCGGUAUCCACCUCGGUCCCUGGAUAUCCCAUCACUAGUCUUCCGUCGCUUAGCACGAGCACACUGACGCCGACCUUCGUCAACUCCUCCAGCACCGUCUUUUCCACCGGAAGCACGGACGCAGUGACGGGCUCUUCGUCAUCAUCGCACAGUGUUCCCGGGGGUGUCACCACGUCAACAAGCCCGGGCCCUGUGACUUUGACAUCAACUCCAUCUAGCCCUGUCUCGUCAACGGGGACGACUGAUGCUGUGACCGGCUCUUCCUCGCUUACUAGUAGCGCGGCAUCGUCCUCGAGCUACGCGGGAGAGAGUACCACAUGCGUAGCUGGCUACGGUAGUUCAAGUGUCUGCUUUACGCUGCUGCCUUCAUCGUCUAUCACUGGCGCCUCGUCGACGGAUGCCGUGACUAAUUCCGUCCCGACUACAUUCUCGACGUACUCGCCGACUACUAGCGAUAUCCCCGUGUCUUCUUCCUCUUCUUAUCUAAGUGCCCCUGACUCUUACCCGACCUAUCCGGUCCACUCUCCUCCUAACAAAAGAACUUAGCACAGCGGUGAGGGAGAGGGUUCUGGCCGCGAUCAGGACGGCGAUCAGAGCGAGGAAGUAAGCGUGACUGGAAGCAUCUCAUGAUGAUUUGAGGGCGCAAACACUUCUAUAUGGCGGUUAGGCGGAGAGAAUCGGGGCGGUACACAAAAAAACAUCGGAUACUCUUUUUUUUUUCAAUUCUUGUCGCUCCUUAGACACUUGUUAUGUUAUUAGUCGUCGAUUAAGAUUUCUAGGCUUCUUCAGCAGUACACAAUUCUACUUUUGGUCAGGCAAUAUCGAUGUCUUCAUCGCUGGAGUGACACGCUGAUCUAUAUCCUCACACCAUUCACUUCGUCCUUAGCAACUUGCAUGACGAUGUCUCUAAGACGGAGUGAAGUACGUAGUGGCAUAUACUAGAGUAUGAGCACUCAUUCCUCCAUUGUGUUCACUGCGUGACCUCGCUAGAAGAGGGAGGUAAAUGGACACGCGAGGGGUAGCGUCAGCCGAGACAUCGCGGAAGGCGUAUGUGCUCGGCACUCCUCACGCGCCAUCUACUUCGGUAGGUGGUCUCAGUUGCGGGUGCGACGC